AUGCACCGUGCACCGUUGUCCUACCAGGGUGACGGACACGAGACAGCCGAUGACGGCAGCAGUGGAGGACUUUUGCCGGAGGACUCGGCUAUGCCUGAUUCCCUCGUCCCAAGCAGUUCCACUACGAGUGGACCCCGCGGCGUUGUUCGCGGAGACGUCGGCAACAACCGCCGUGGCAUGAAUUUGGUCACCGGCAAGGACGGUCACGAGGGGUUUCUGUCGCAAACCGCGUUCGCGGCGAUGUUGGCAGCGGCGGCGCGAGGAGACGGUGGCAGCGACAGCGACGACAACUACUGGGACACCGUCAUCGAUGACGAAGCUGGAUUCCUCCCAGUUGUGGCCCGCGAAGAAGAGGCGGGACGGGAGGCGCGCUCGUCUUCACCCAGGACGAAAGUCAUCCUCGCGGACCCUCCUUCACCGGGCUUGUUCAGAGCCGGGAACGACUACGACAGGGGCGCGGAGGUGCUGAUUCCGCCGGAGUGGCCGGGGGGGGUGGCCGCGAAGGUCUGUCCCCCGCCCAGGCUGAUACGGUUCCUAUUUACCCCCGAAGGUAGAGUCGUGGCAUCGAAUGCGGCGGUUAUACCCAUCCCGUGCCGCAAGAGAAGAGUCCGGGGACGGCAACGGCGCGUGCUGGAGCUGGAUGUUCCUACCACAGCCGCCGCCUCCGUUUCGAGUCGAACCCUCGAAUUUGACGGGGGCGGAUGCAGCAGCGGCGGCGGUGGUGCCUCCAGUUGCCGCGACGAAGCUGUUUUCGACCGCUUGACCCAGAGGCAAGCGCGCGUCCAGGGUGAUGACGGCGGUAGCAGCACACCCGGCGGCGCGUUCAAGAGUCCGGCCCCUGACGCCAACGCGGCAAGCUACAGAAGACGGAUCCCUCCGACCCUUGGUAGGAAGAGUUGCGCUUUUGACGACGAAGAAAGCGAUGACGACGACGAGACGGCGGAACAGGAUGGCGGGGAGGGCAAGAACAUGGAGCACCAACGAACGCGAUCCACUACCGUACUGGGGAGGCUGAAGGGCAUGCUGAACCUGGAGUCGAAGCCGAGGAGUCCUCCCGUGGGGAGGAUGAGCAGGAUAGAAAUGCACAAGGCUUCCUUGAUCGCGGAGAGUUUUCGAUCCCCGGGGGGGCCUCCCCUCGAUUGGUCCUCCCCGGCCGGCUUCAAUGGUGAGGGUUUUCCGCACGACGGCGCGCUUCCGGGAACAGAAGACGCCAAUGGGCAACGGGAGCGGCCGCAGCAGAUGGAAGGGAGGAGGGGUGGCGGCAGGAGUAUGCGUGCGUGGCGGGCCAGGGGGCGGCGGAUGGCUGGAAGUCUCUAGGAAACGGUGGCUAACCUUAAUUGAUUCGCGGGUGGAUUAAAUGUCCAAAUUUAGAGGCACUCAGAAGGAGAUGGAGUCCUCCUAAUGUUGAAAAUGCGCUGUUGGGAGUGUGGCCGGUUUGUCCACUUGCCUUUGUGCGGGUUCCACUUCGCGAAAAGAGUGCAUCGAGUCAUUCUGGCCGGGGAGUGCUUUCGCGGAGAGUCGGGGUUGAUUUCGUUUCACUGCUUCAGGUAUUUCUCGCAGUGAGUGGCGAUCGCUUGCCGUUGUAUGUGUAUUUGUCUAUCCAGCAAUGGAAUACUUCAAACGCAGCGGGUUGGGCAUGCGUCUUACUUGCCGCGUCUCCCCUUGGCGUGGGGUGGUGGUAGGAGGGGUGGCGUUCAAUAUCCCGGAGUCACUGCUACUUUCGUAUUAUUGAACAGGUUGGGGGUGGACGAUAUUUGUCGUUGUUGUCAACUUCAUGAACGGUCGUGAUGGAAGCGAUCGAAGAUUUCGAGGCAAGGGAUCCGGGAAGGUUCAGGUGCCUUGUGCACUCAAUUGAAUGAUGGGUAAGUGUACUGCAGACCUGAUGGUGAAAUUUAACGUCUGUCCUUUUCCGCAAGGAACACAUGUGCAGUGUGGUGCAAUUGAAGUUGUAACGUUCUUUGGCGUGCGUGUGCGAACCAUAGUUCACAUUUGGGAUAUAGAUAUUCGCCCCCUCGAAGGUUACAGCGUACUUGUUUAUGGUGUGGGUUCUG